AUGGUUCAAACUGGACCAACCGUAAAUAUCUUGACUCCAAGUGAUACAAUCCCUAGCAUAGCGGAGAACUUGAAUAUUUCAUCAUUGGCCUCGUCCCCUCUGAGUAUGCCCAAUUUACCGACGGCUCUUUCGAUGACAUCGUCUCUGGGACAGAAUUUUUCCUAUACUUCAAACAUUAGCACCAACCUGCCGCCAGAAACGAUUCAAAUCACAUUCACUACUUCAAAUUCAUUACAAAGUACCACCGAGUCUUCCGGACAAGCAACGCCGUCAUCCAGCCAUUCAUCGAUAUCACGACCGUCUGCAGAAGUUGCGGGUUCCCUGUCGUCCAAAAGCUUUACCAAGGCAUGUUUUUGUAUAUUGCUAGGAAACACAACCAUUUUUGAAACAAUUUCUCUUAUCCCUGUGUCGAGCAUCGGAUUGGCUUUGGCGCCCAACCACAACGCGAGGUUUAGUGGGUAUCCAACCAUGCCUACCCAGACAUAUACCACAAUGAAUCAGCGUAGCGCAAGUAGUCCCGAGACCACGCCUUCGACCAAAGGCACUGUGUCCAAGAACGAACAACGAUUAUUCGUUGACCUUGGAAUUGCAGCAUCAAUUUUCGCAGUCAGCAUUAUAUUGCUGUCAAUAUUUCUAAGCAGGCAAAGGCACUGGCAUCGUCUCAAGAGAGGUGUUAUUAGUACCCGGGCUAUUUCACUGUACUAA